CAACAGUGCUGACGCGACUGUGGCAGGCAGAGGAUGCUAUCCUGAGACAGUUCACCGUAGUGCAGGAAAAGGCAAUUUGGUGAAUGAAAGGCGAUUUCGAGGUGCCAGUCUGGGCGACACUUCCCAGUUGGAGAGUCCACAAAAGGGAGAGGGCAAUUCUGAGAAGGGGGAAAUGCUUGUGCACAGGUAAGUCAGUGCACAGGUGAGUCAGUGCACAGAUGAGUGAGUGCACAGGUGACAUAAGAUACUGGAGAGGGAAGAGCCAGAUCUGCGCCCUGUUCCCGCAGGAAAGCAGCUCUGCGGGAUUGGAGGGGCGGGGACGCGCGGUCAGAACUGGGAGCUGAGGUCAGGGAAGGCGCCCACGGUCUGCAGGGCCUGGUCAGUCAUCCAGGGGCGGUAGUGCGCCUGCACGUGCGCGAUGAAGAGCCAGUUACACCGGGAAGGGACCUCUGUGUCCCUCUGUCCCUCGCGCGCGUGCAUCCCGCCCCCACUCCAUGCACCCGGCAGAAGCCGCAGAGGAAGUCAAACCAGGGUCGGGGACGCCAGUCACCCACAGAACGCACACGGAGCUACCUUGGGGCCGAGCGCCCAGGUCCUCAUUCGGUGCGCCGCACACCUGGGGCCUCCGGGCCAAGCGUUUGCUCCCGAGCGCCUACUGUUUACCCCGCACAUCUCGCGGCGAAGAGGCGAGGCCGGAAGGGCGCCCUCUCCCCGGGGCUCCUGCCUCGCCGGGGUUUCGUUUUCCCGCAGCGCUUUGCUUUCGUUUUCCCGAGGCGCUUCGCUUUCCUUUUCCCGCCGUCGUUUCGCUCCCCACCUGGGUUUCGUUUCCGAGGCGCGGCCGAGGGCGGGGUCGACCGCCCCGCGCGCCCAUGGCCUUCGCCCGCCCGCUCCUGCGCGGGCGACUCUCGGGGCCGCGGGUCGGGCGGCGCGGGGUCUGCGCUGGGGCCAUGGCUCCGCCGCGCCGCUUCGUCCUGGAGCUCCCCGACUGCAGCCUGGCUCACUUCGCCCUGCGCGCCGACGCCCCCGGCCCCGCGGACGCCCCCGACCCCCGCCUGGCGGCGCUGCUGGGGCCCCCGGAGCGCAGCUACUCGCUGUGCGUGCCCGUGACCCCGGGCGCCGGCUGCGGGGCGCGGGUCCGGGCGGCUCGGCUGCACCACCGCCUGCUCCACCAGCUGCGCCGCGGCCCCUUCCAGCGGUGCCAGCUGCUCAGGCUGCUCUGCUACUGCCCGGGCGGCCAGGCCGGCAGCCCGCAGCACGGCUUCCUGCUGCGCGACCCCCAGGAUGACGCCGACACCCGGCGCGCGCUGCUGGAGCUUCUGGACGCCUGCCAGGAGGCCCCGCGCCCGCACCUGGGAGAGUUCGAGGCCGACCCGCCCGGCCAGCUGUGGCAGCGCCUCUGGGAGAUGCGGGACGGCCGGUGCCUGCAGGUGGGCUGCGCACGCGUCGUGCCCGCCCCGGAGCCCCUGCUGCACCCGGUGGUGCCAGACCUGGCCAGUUCCGUUGUCUUCCCGGACAGGGAAGUCGCCCGGGCCGUGUUGGAGGAGUGUACCUCCUUUAUUCCUGAAGCCCGGGCGGUGCUUGAACUCGUCGACCAGUGCCCGAAACAGGUCCAGAAGGGAAAGUUCCAGGUUGUUGCCAUCGAAGGACUGGAUGCCACUGGUAAAACCACGGUGACCCAGUCAGUUGCAGAUUCGCUUAAGGCUGCCCUCCUAAGGUCGCCGCCCUCUUGCAUUGGCCAGUGGAGGAACGUCUUUGAUGAUGAGCCAGCUAUCAUUAGAAGAGCUUUUUACUCUUUGGGCAAUUAUAUUGUGGCCUCCGAAAUAGCUAAAGAAUCUGCCAAGUCUCCUGUGAUUGUAGACAGGUACUGGCACAGCACGGCCACCUAUGCCAUAGCCACUGAGGUGAGUGGAGGUCUCCAGCACCUGCCCCCAGCCCAUCACCCUGUAUACCAGUGGCCAGAGGACCUGCUGAAACCCGACCUCGUCCUGCUGCUCACCGUGAGUCCCGAGGAGAGGCUGCAGAGGCUGCAGGGCCGGGGCGUGGAGAAGACCAGAGAAGAAGCAGAACUUGAGGCCAACAGUGUGUUCCGUCAAAAGGUAGAAAUGUCCUACCAGCGGAUGGAGAAUCCUUGCUGCCAUGUGGUUGAUGCCAGCCCCUCCAGAGAAAAGGUCCUGCAGAUGGUCUUAAGCCUAAUAGAAAAUAGGUGUAAUUAACUGUAGCUACUCUGAUCAGGUGCCAGGUCUUACUAGAUCAGAUGUUGUUUGGAACAUCUACAUGCACCAUUUGUUCUGCAGUGUUCCCAAAUUUCUGUUGUACAAGCAUGUUGUGUGGCAGAAAACUGGAGACCAGGCACCUUAAUUUUACCUCAGCCAUUGUACCUUCUUCUGACUGAUGGAUCCAUCAUCGGAAUGGACCCUUUCAUCAUGUUCCAGUGAGAGACCAGCGAUUGCUUUCUGCCUGGCAUAGUAAACAUUUCCUUGGAACAUAUGUUUCACUCCAUCAUCGCCAAAUCUCUGGAAGGCCUGUCUUAGACAGUGCCAGGUGUACAGAAGCAGCAGAGAAGAUCUUCCAGAUCAGCGGGGCCCCUGCAGCCUCUCCUUCUCCUACACCAGCUUGCUGAUGAGAUCGUGAUGUACCCAGCAUUGGCUUCUUCCAGAUCUGGUUGCACUCAUCAUGAUAGGCUUGCUGCGUCUCCCACAGUCCCAAAUUCUAGAGCCAAGAGUCCCUGCAGAAGCUGUCUAUAUGUCCUGAUUGUCCAAGGACACUCCUGCAGAACCAUUUUUGGGUAAGGGACACUUACAAAGAAUACAUCGAUCUUGUGUCUGAGGCUCAGUGCCCUUUUGAUAGGCUUCUGAGUCAUAUAAAGACAUUCAAGCCAAGAUGCUCCAACUUCAAAUAUACCAACCUCCUCUGAAUUGUAUUUUGCUUAUUUAUGUUCCUUUUCCUUUUUUCUAAAGUAUGGCUCCGAAUGGAGUGCACAUUUCCAUUGAACUAGAUGCAUUUCACUUAGUCAAUGCAUUAAUUUAUUUAUAUUAAUCUAUACAUAAUAUCUUUCCUCGGCAUAGGAGCUAUGAUUCACUAAUUAAAAGUGGAGCCAAAACAGUAAAUACAAUGUUUGUCGUGUAUUUUCAUUACGCAAACUUAAUUUAUGUUGCUCAAUACGUACAGUGGAUCUUGCAGUGGGAUUUCUUAGGAAAUUAACUUGCACUUGACUGUCUCAUGAUUACACAGGAAAUCGCCUCGAUAUCUCUUUAGACAGAAAACAGCUGAGCAAAGGGGAAAUCAUAGAACUAUGUGGCUUUAAGAAGUAGGCUGAACCAGGUGAUUACCUAAAAUUCCUUCCAGUUUGAAGGCAGAUAAAUCUGUAAAUUAUUUUAUCCUAUCUACCAUUUCUUAAGAAGACAUUACUCUACCAUAGUUAAAUUUAAGGCUUUAUCAGGUUUACUCUACAGAAUCUUAAAUUCUAAUAAAGUUUCAUGUUAACAUCGUAGAAUUUUUAAAAAGAACUAUAGGUAAUUUCUAUAUAAUAUAUCUAUGUAUAUAAAAAUGUAAUUGGUUUCAGUAGAAAGUAUUUUAAAGCUGAUAAAUAACAUUGGGCUUUAUUGCAAUGUGGUAUCUCGCUGUAUUAUUGGUUGUAUUUACUUUAAACAUUUUGAAAGGUUAUUCUGGCAGCCUAGAAAAACAAGCGAUUAAUGUAUUUUUAUGUCCCUUGCACAUGAAUAAACUUUGCUGCGGUUUAGUAACCUA